AUGGCAAGCACCGCCAAGUACCAGCCUGCCCCGACGCAGGACCCAGAGGAGGGAACCUGGAGCCAGGCCCCGCCCUCUUACCAGGCCGCUGGCAGCGCCCAAGAUUCGGAUCGCCUCUUCGGCGGCGGCGAGGCGCGCAGCAGCGAGGACAACAUUCCCGAUGAUUUCAAGUUUGGCGGCUCCGUAGCUGAGGCCACCGUCGACAUCCGAAACCAAUUUAUCCGCAAGGUCUACACCAUUCUGACUGCGCAGCUCAUUGUCACGGCCAUUGUCAGCGGCCUCAGCUUCUGGAGUGAGGGCUACAAGGCCUGGAUCCAGUCGCACCCCGGCCUUGUCUUCGUUUCUCUUUUCGGCGCAAUCGGAUUUAUGCUUCUCACCUACUGGAAGCGCAAGUCCUACCCGACUAACCUACUCUUCCUGAGUGGCUUCACACUACUCGAGGCAUACUCUGUUUCGGUCAUCGUUUCGUUCUACAAAUCAUCCAUCGUGCUGAAUGCCGUCUUCCUGACUGGAGGCAUCUUCAUCUUCUUGACGCUCUUCGCCUGCCAGACCAAAUACGACUUCACAUCAUGGAUGCCGUACCUCUUUGGCGCUGUCUGGGGAUUGAUCCUGUUUGGCUUCAUGGCCGCCUUCUUCCCCUACAGCAGUACCGGUGAACUUAUCUACGGUGGUCUAGCAGCCUUGAUCUUCUCUGGCUAUAUCUUGGUCGAUACACAAAUGGUUAUUCGCCACCACCACGUUGAGGAGGAAAUUGCUGCAGCCAUCAGCCUGUACUUGGACAUUCUCAACCUGUUCUUGGCCAUCCUGCGCAUCUUGAACAGCCAGCAGAACAACUAG